GAGGCCGCUGCUCUUAAAGAGGACGUUCAACUGGCUAGCCGCUGCUAGCUUUGUUCCCCAAAAGUUUACUGCUAGGUCAGAUGCAUGCAAACUGGCGUUAAACUUUUCCCGGCGAACGAAUCUAACACUUUGAUCAAACGUAUUUGAAGUAGUUUUUUCGAAGCAUGGUAAAGUCAUUUUUAAAUGUUCUCCGGGAUAGUUGUUGCUAAGGCAAGCUAACAUGGCCAGGUUAAGGCUCGUGAGCCAGCGUCGAUGCUUUGUAAAAUAAACAGUAAUGUGGCUGACAGCUAAUACACAUUAACGUUACUCAAGUAAAGGAAUAAGCAGCCUAACAAAGGAAACAUCUGUCCCAUUGUAACCAACAGCGCAUCCCUACACCAGCGGGCUGCGCAUCAUGUCUAUUGAUUUUGACAGUGCUGCUCUUCAAACCCAACACGAAGAGGAAGAAUACGACCAGGAGGACUAUGCAAGAGAGCAAGAGCUGCACAAAUUGCUCACAGACCUGCCCGAUGAUAUGCUGGAGGACAGCAGAGACUCCUCCUCCCCAGAGUUGGAGUACUCUACUUGCAGCAAUAAAAACACUGGCAACAGUUAUGCUCUUCUUUCCCUCUAUUCUCAGCCCACAGUCCACAUGGACUCAGCAAUGGUCAAAUCAACCAAGGCCAAUCCCUCAUGAACAGAACUACGAAGCUGACUAUGAUCAAGGCUCUCGUGAUGAGUACACUUACAAGGAUGGUGCUGUUCAGAUCAAUGGACAUCAGAGGCAUCCUCAAAGUCAACCUCUGCCUCACACCUGGAACCAGCAGCAAGAGGAUCACCAGUUCACCCAAGGAGAUUAUACAUAUACCACCAUGGGCACAGAGAAAUCUACAGAGACCAAUGAUUUCUCCACAGAUGAGUAUGAGUCUAAACCAUACCCUCAAGGCACUAAUAACCAUGUGGACUAUAACGGGGAAGGAGGAUACAAGGAAAAGCAAAUCCAUGGGGACCAUAAUACCAGAAACCAUUUUCAACCUGGAGCUGGGGAGAAAGUUGUGAAUCAGUACAUGGUCAACUACAAUCCUUACCAUCCUGCCCCUCAGCCAAAGAUGUUUAACUCACCGGCCGCUCAACAAGUCGAUCAGUUUGACCAUCUGCAAAGAGAGUUCCUUGACUCGACACAACAAACUGCUGAUAGGGAGCAGCUUGCCCAACUGCAGAUUUUAAACAAAGCUCAGCAGAGGCAAAUUGAAGACUUGGAGCAAAAACUGGAAGAUUCAAGGCGUAAUAUGAGAUACCUCGACCAUCAGUUUGCAAUUGUCAAAGAUGAAAAGGAUGGCCUAACAGUAAGUCUAAAGGAAUCAAGCCGACUGGUUGAGGAGGCCAAGGAGAGAGAGAUUCAAAUGCAAAAAAAAGUGAAGGCUAUGCAGCAGCAACUACAGGUCCUUACUGAGAGAGACCAUGAGAACAUGAAGAAGCAGAGGGUGGCAGAGGCUGCAGUGGACAGCAUGAAGCAGCAGAUGUUGGAGCUUUGUCGUUCUGACACACUGUCAAGAGCGCGGGAGCAGCAUGACAGGGACCUUGCCAUCAUAAGAGAACAGCAUGAGGUUGCACUGCUGACCCUACAGCAGAAGCUUGACUCUACCUCUCAGGCUCUGAAUGAACAGAUUGAUGUCGGUCAUGGGUUACGAGAGCAGGUGAAUCGGCUGGAGCGCCAGAGAGAAGAAGAGCAACUGGAGAGAGCCAGGGUCAUCAACGCCCUCACUCAGCGCCUAGAGGAGAGUCAACAACAAUGUGCCAAGCUACUGCAGACUAAUUCAGUGCAGGAGAUGAGUCAGAUGCAAAUUAAACUACAACAGGCUCAAUCAGCCAAGGCACUGAGCGAAAACAUGAACAAAGUCUUACAGGAGGAUCUGGCUGAUUUGAAGGAGCAGAUCACUCUGUAUGAAUCUGCUGUGAAACAUGGUGUCGUUGCAUCAGAGCUGAGCAGUGACUGGGAAAACCAGCUGUCUGAAUCCUGUAUGGAUCUAGGAUUAAAGAAAACUAACAGGAAAAGUGGCGCUCUCCACAGUACUGCCUUGGCUCACCUGUCGGACUCCAAGCUGCCCAAGGACGAGGCCCUACGGCUGCUGCGAGUGGAGAUGCAGCGCUGCCUGGGUAGUCUGAAGGGGAAGCGGCAGAAGAUCAGUCAGCUGCAGGAGGAGCUCCAGCACUGUCAGAGCCAAGUAAACGAACUUCAGACCCAGUUAGAUGAAGCCAAGCUCUGCUCUUCGGUCAGAGAGAAAAGUCAGACGGAACAUCCAGACAUGACUGGAGAGUUUCAGAAAAACUUAAUGAGACUAAAGGAAGACAAGUUACACUUGCAGGAACAAGUGGAGGUUCUAGAGAAAAACAAUACGGAGCUGAGACAGAGUGAGGAGAAGGUGAGGUCUGCCAACUCAGAGCUAUGCAUUAAGAUGAGGGAGAUGAUCCAGGAGCUGGACCAAGAAAAGCAAGAGGCUGCUGAGAGAUCUGAACGGAUUCAUCAGCAGUAUAGGGACGACGUGGUGAACCAGGUCAAAACAGAGCUCAUGCUGGAACAUGAUGCUCAGGUUGAACAGCUGACUGCACAGCACCAGCAGCAGGUCCAGCAGUUACAGACCCAGCUGUCUGAGGCCAGUGAUAAGAUGUUGGCUGUACAAGAGUGUUAUAUAUCUGUCUGCAAAGAGAAGGACAUGCUUGAAGAAAAAAUACAAAACAGGGAGAAGGAGGAGGCUUUGAUCAGAGAAAAUGAGCAAAAAAUGAGAGAGGAGAGUGGUACAGCUGUGGAGAAGCUGAGGGCUGACCUCGAGGCUCAGCAUCAGGCCUCGAUAAACCAGCUAAAAGCUCUCUGGUCCAGAGAGAAGGAGGCUGAGAUCCAGCGGCAGGUGAACUCUCAUGUAGCCUCGGCCAAGGCUAGGUGGAAGGAGGAACUGCAAGAGAUGGAGAGAACCUGGACCCAGAGGCUGGAGGAGGCUAGGAGGGAGAAACACGGAGACACUGCCGAGGUAACCUGUCAGACAGAUGAGAUUGAGGGCAGCAGAGUGACAAUUACUGCUGAGGAGCUGGACUCCAGGCUUAGUGCCCAGAAACAGCAGCUGCAAGUAGAAGCUGACAAGGUCAAGCGCAAAGCUGUGGAGGAAGCCAAGAAACAGGCCCAGAGAGAGCUUCAAGAGAAACAUCUGGAGGACAUGGCCAAGCAGGUUGAAGGUGCAGUGACCAGGGCCUACAAUCGCUGGAUUGAGGAUUUGACUUCAUUACCAGAAUAUCAAGCCUCUCUCGAAACUGAGAAAGAGAAAUGGGAAGAACUACAAGAAAAAGACACAGAACAACGGGUUUCCCAGGCCCUGAGGGAGGCAGAGGAGCAGUGGCAUAAGAAACACAAGAACCAGCUGGAGGAGCAGAGCUCUGGAGCACAGAGGGUGGAGGAGCUCCAAGAGGAGGUAGCGACUUUCCAGAGCCAGCUGGAGCAGGCAAGGAGAGAGCAAGCUGCCCUGCUGAAGGCUGAGCUGGCCGGAGCUAGAGCAGCCUGGAACCGAGACAAACAGCAGGAGAUCUCUGUGGUUCGGGCUCGCAGUGAGCAGUUGUACAAAACCAAGCUGCAAGAGCAGCACAAAAAGCUGGAGCAGGCUUUGCAGCAGGCCAGGGAGGAUGCCCACCUCCAGAAGAAGGAGCUGCUCCUGCAGAUGGAGGCCAAGCUUCAGGAGACUCUGAGGGCCAGAGAGGAGGAGUGGAGAUGUCAGCAAGCAGAGAGAGAGCUGACCCAGAGACAGCAGAUGAGGGAUGAACUAUUGGCAGAGCUUCAGACUGGACUAGAUGAGGUGCAGGCACAACUUCUCAGAGAUCCUAAAACAGAUCAGCAUGGCACUGAAAACACCAAGAGGACCAGCGGGGCCACAUCAGAGAAAACAAUGACACACAUCAUCCAAACAACCUGCAAAGACAUAGUCAGCAGGGCAAUAUCCCAGGCCAAGAAGGAGUGGAAGAAAGUAAGUGAGGAGAGACUGAGUCAUGUGUUAAAAGAAACACAGGAACAACAUGAAAGAGAAAUUGACCAAAUGAAAAGCUCUUUGUCCCAGAAGAGGGAGCAGGCUCGUUGCAGGAAGGAGUGCGCUGAGACUUUAAGUAAGCUGCAGAGGAAGAAUCAGGAGCUCCAGAGACACCUUGAGAAAGCCUGCCGUCAACUCCAGCACAGCGUUCGGGAGCACAAAACUGCCAUGCAGCAUCUCAAAGAUGAGCAUAAAAGCAGCUUACAAAAAGCAAAGGACAAACAUCUGCAGCAGCUAGAUGAAGUGAAGAGAGCCAAAGAAUCCUCAGGGAGUUCUGAUUACCAGCAAAAUCUUCAGCAAGGCCUCGAAGAGAUGAAGCAGCAAUACUUGGUGACUGUAGAAAAGAUCAGAGAAGACAUGCUGCGUUACCUCCAGGAGAGUCGGGAUCGAGCAGCAGAGAUGAUCCGCAUGGAGGUGCAGAGGGAGAGGCAGGACACUGCCAGAAAGAUGCGGCAUUAUUAUCUGACCUGUCUGCAGGAGUUACUGGAGGACGGAGGAAAGGCUACAGGAGCUGAAAAGAAAAUAAUGAAUGCUGCGAGCAAGCUGGCGGCCAUGGCUAAAGUGCUGGAGACACCUAUCAGAAGUAAAUCUGGGAAGAACUACAGUUUACCAAAUUGUUCGACAGCUGUAUCCACCGCUGGCUGCCCUCCAGGUAGAAACGCAGGUUUCAAUAAGAACCCGACCACACUACCUGAGCUUCCUGACAUCAGGGCAGAGGAGAGAUCCCACAGGGAAAAGACCUCUGCUGAUUCCGAGCAGAAACCAGCCGCCGCAGCCGGGACUAAACCUAUGAUCCACCAGGACAUUUCUGCAUCUGGGAAGGAGGAGGCCUCAGUGGAUGCAGGCCUGAAACCCAAAACUGCUGCUCACACACACCUUCGCUCUUACAAACCCUCUCAACAGAUGGCUUCUCCAUCCCCGGUGGAUUUUGUCAGCGUAUCGGUGAGGAGUAAGAGCAGAGAGCUGUACCUGCAGGAAGGAGAUUCCAGCAGAGCAGACAACUGCCUGGACUCAGAGCGACAGAGCAAACCGUUCCUCAUCCAGGAGGCUCCUGUCAGAGAUGAGAAACGGACCAACUGGAGCUUGACCAGCAGUGACUCGGACACAAGCUUCCAAGUCCCCAGACUAUCCUACUCAGGAAGAAAAGUGGAACCAGUGAAGCCCUUUUCCGUCUCUGCUGCAUCGGCCAGCGACUUGAGAGAGUUUGUCGGCCUCAGCCCGGAUGCGUCCGACCUGACAGUUUAUAAUGAGAUUGCCAAGAAGACACCUCACACCCAGGCCUUGAACUUUCCCAGCGUGAAGAUGAGCGCACACAGGGAACCCACCCCUGGCUCUGAGGCGGAGAAGCAGCAGGGAGUUUGUUCCAGGCCUCUGUUCUCUGAGUUGAGACAGCGCCAGCAGGACAGCGGCUUUGACAGUCCACUGUACCAGCAAAAAUGACAAAGUGAAGGGCAGGUAUGAGGUGAAGUAGGAAGAUGAGCUUGGACCUGACUCGGCGAUUUCAGUUACGUUACCAAAUAGUGCCUUUAACAGAGUGUGUUAUGUUUACGUGACAUAGAACUUUUGCCUUCAUAGUUACGUCCAGUGUGUUUUCGUGUACGUGUGUUGUGUUAGUAUUGUUUUAGGAAUAGUUUGACGUAUUGGGAAAAACAUUUAUUCACUUUCUUGCUGAGGGUAAGACGAGAAAGUCAGUACCACUCUUACCGUGUGUUUGUAUGCUAAAGCUGGUUGAGUGAACUUGGUGUAAAGACUGGAAACAGCCAGCCCGGUGCUGUCCGAAGGUAACAAAAUCCACCUGUUUCUUCCCAUUCCCAGCCAAAAAAAAGUAGCGGGAUAUAAAGCCUGUUUACUAUUUCUUGACCGGGAGAUUUAAAGAACAUCAAAUGAGAAGAGUAAACAAGACUUAAAGGUAUAACUGGUUACAUAGUGAGCGUCAGUGGUGCUGGUAGGUGGAUUUUGUUACCGUUGUGGAGUUCCAAGCUAGCACCCCCCCCCCCCAUUUCACGGUUUAUGCUACGGCAAACUCCCUGCUGGCCGUUGCUUCAUAGUGGUACUGAUAUUUUCGUUUCACUGUUGAGAAGAAAGCAGAAAGUGUAUUUCACAAAGAAAAUGUCAAAAUAUUGCUUUAAUGCAUCGUUUUUUCCACUGUAAAAGAAACACAUUUCGUACCUCUCUGUUAUGGUCUUUGACAAUCUGUCACCUCAGGCAACAAUCCCGCUCCCAACAGGAGAUAAAGAUCUGGGCUGAAGUAAGUCAACAAGGGUGCACGGACUUAUCGUAACGCCCACCGCCAUGCUGUUAUUCACGUCCAAAGCAAGAGCAGUGAGCCAAAACAGAAACUUGCUGACGGAAUAUUUAGUGCUCAGUCUGGAGCCUUUGCUGUCUCACAGCUCUCUGCUACCCCGAGAGGUUUGAUUAAAUACAGCCUUGAUGUAUAGAAACAUGCAUACUUUUUUUU